GGAGACAGCGACGGUCUGGAGACACUGUCGGCUGCGCCGCCGGCGUCUGCUGGAAGUGCAUGAACAAGGCGUCCAAGGACAAGCUUGGCGCGGUUCGCACCACGAAGGCAGAGUUCGCGUCCUUGGGCGAGGAGGCAUGGUGGAUGCACGAGGCGGGCACAACACGACGAGAGCAUCAGUGCAGCAGUGGAAUUAGACCUCCCACGUCAAUGUAUUGUCUGGCGUUUUUCAUCGGUUUCGGCUUCCGCUUUCAGGAACAUGCUCACCAGUUGAUCAAACCCCAGGAUCGUCAAACAAUUUGGGGCGGAAAUCUGGGCCCCGGGAUCAGGUCCGGAGGUCGGGGGUCCCCGAAUUGAAAGCAAACAAGACAGGCGUCGGAGUCGUGGGGAUGAACGGGCGUGUGUGUCGCUCCCAUCUCCCGUCUCCUCCUCCUCCCUCACCCUCCCCCAUCCCGUGCGCGAAACGUGAUCCAUAGAUGUGUACGUUUCGGUCUCGAUGAUGCAGCAGCCGCCUGGGUUGUUGCAUGUGUUGACAGCCUACGCCGUGCAAGAGCAGAUUGCCCUGCUGAACGACUACUGCAUACUGUCUGCAUUUCCCACAGGCGUGCAUGGAUGAGGUUGACCGAAGAGAUUACGAUGGUGACAAGGAGGACUAUGACGACGGUGGUCGCACUGGCAAAGAGGAGGAGCGCUUCGCCUGGGAGUGACGGCGCGGCGGGCCGCCGCAGCGCGCGCACGCGCUCCCCCCACCCCGCCCGAGACGGCGAGAGGCGCCCCCUGCGCGCUCCGAGCCCAAAA